ACAGACCAAAGGUAGCAUUCUCUGCCUCACUGGGAAUCAGAAACCCUUCAACACUCAAACCACCAUGGUUUACAAAAACAUCUUCACAAACAUCGGCAACCACUACAACCCAAUUACAGGUACAGUACUGUCCUCACAAGAAUGUAUACUGAAGCACACAGUUAUCGGAUUAAUAAAACACUAAACUGGAGCUCAUCUCUAUGUUAGGACUGAUCUCUCUCCUUCAAUUUCCUCUGGUACAGGUAUCUUCACUGCACCAGUGAGAGGGGUCUGCUACUUCAGAUUUACCCUUUGUGGUAUUGGUACAAACUGGAUGGGUGCUUUGCUCUAUAAAAAUGAUAAGUCAGUAUUGUAUGUUGAUGAAAUCGAUAGUAAUGGUCAUAAAAAGUUUGCAUCUAAUGCAGCUGUACUACAUCUGGAGGAGGGUGAUGUGGUAUAUUUGAAAAGCAGUGAGAGGGCUUAUGAUGACUUAAAUAACCGUACUACCUUCAUCGGCUUCCUUCUCUUCCCAAUGUGAAAUGAACACCAUGUUGUGAUGAGAAGCUCCACUAAAGUGUCUUGAUGCUCGGGAUACACCUCGAAUCGACCACUGUAAUUUACUUUCACUAAUAAAUGCAAGAUUGACAACUAUAAAAUGUGAUACUUGUUUGUGAUUCAAUAUUAUAUUGGUCAAUAUCUGGGGUUUCCUGGAUAUAUAAAACGUAAACAUAUUGAAAUAACUUCGUAUCAUAAGCAUAUGUUUGUGGAGUUGUUCAGAGGGAUGGUACCAUAUAUUUUGAGACAGUAGAUGGCAGCAAUACCCAAUAAAACCAUAAACAAUCACUGCCUGCACUACAACUCAGAAUAGGGAUGAUAAAAAUGAUAAGAUAUGGAUAUAAAGCUGUAAUUACCUCAGCGUUAAACAAUGUGCCCUUACACUGUACAUGUUGAUCAUGGUGAUUGCACUGUAAAAUUUUUCAAUAAUAAUGAUUAUAUCAAAUACUAUUUCAGUUAUACAGUAUACUCCUGAUUCCCCGCAUAGUGAGAACAUUUGUUUAUGAAGUUAAAUAUUGGAUUUCACUGUAGCUUUAUAUGAAGCUGCUGAUGUGAAUUAUGAAUUGUAAUAUCAUCUUCAUUACACUGUAUUAUACAACCCGGUAGUGAAGUGUCUUUUAGGAUCCUGAACACCCUCUUUAUACAUGUCUAGAUUAGUUGACAUUAUGUAACCAUCAUCUCUGUUCUCUAGUAAACAACAAGGUCAAAACCUAAUGAUUAAAUAUGGAGUCCAUCAGAUUAUCUUAGAAUAGUUCACAAACUGAUGUCUGGAAAUGUUUGAAACUUUCCCAAAGUGUUGUGGGAGAGAAUCAAGCUGUGGAAUAUAUCAAGGUCUAGUGUUGUUGUAUUUUUGCCACGUGUCUUUGCGAUGUACAGUAUUUACUUUUAGAGUAGCAACAGUCUGUAUGGGCCUCUGUCUGUCAGGCACAUACUGUAAUACAAAGACAAGAGUGGACUAUUGAAAAAUAACAUUUUUACCUCUUUCUACAAAAACGAAUGUCCCCAUUCUCAUUACUCAUUACAAACUUUUGACUGGUAGUGUAUGUGUUAACAUGGUGAAGUAUGGGCCUAUAUGUAGUACCUCAUUUUAAAAUGAAAUAAAAAAAUAUUUAUAAACACUUAUCUAACACAUGCUUUAACCCAGAGUGGGCAGGCCAAUGUUACAGAAGGCUACAUUGUUAGUUUUACCUUUAGAAUCUGCUCAACUCUUUUAGUAGGGCCAGCUGCACUCACAUUCAUUUGUCUUAUUGGCAGAAACAUUGCAGUGCCAGCGCCUCAUCAAGAAGGCCUCACAGCCAGCAGCUACAGCCACUCUAACAGCCUGUUUGUUUAUUACAAAACCCUCACAGUCAUGGCUUCCAGAAACAAGUUUCAUUCAUGACAGGAAACUUGGGGGAUGCUAAUCAGGGUGCAGGUGCUUCUCAACAGGUUACAGACUGACAGUUAGGAAACUUGGAGAUGUUGUGGUUCUAUCUAAACUCACUGUGAGCGUGUGUGUGUGUCUGUGUGUGAGUGCAUGUAUACCUAUAGUACCUUAUCAGGACCACAAUGUCUUUCGAAUUCACUAGAAUGUCCUGAAAAGGUAAGGAAACAAGAACUUUGAGGGGUUUUGGGGGUUAAGGUUAAGUUUAGGGUUAUGAUUAGGAUUAGGUUAAGGUUAAGUUUAGGGUUAGGAUUUGGUUAAGGGUUAGGUUAAGGGUUAGGGAAAAUAUGAUUUUGAAGGGGAAUAGAUUAAGGGUUAGAGUUACUCCCAAAAAAGUCCUCAAAAUGAAUGAAAACAAAGCUGUGUGUGUGCACGCACGCUCCAACACUUUCCCUGUGCCUUUCUUUAGUAUUAAUCGCUAUUGGACUUGUUCUUCCCCCUUCACAGGUACAUAUGUCCCUCCAGACUCACAGCUCUGAAUAUUUUACUAGCUGUGGAUUAAAAAUGCAGCAGGGCCUCCAGUCAAACACCCAUCUGCUCAGAAGUGUACUGUAGAGAGGGUUCAGUGACCUCCCCUGUUCCCCUCAUCACCACCCACAAAACACCUCUCCCUCAUGCUGUUCAGCUCUGCCAAUUCAAGCUGGGCAUCACCAGACGGCGGGCACACACACACACACACACACACACACACACACACACACACACACACACACACACCACACACACACACACACACACACACACACACACACACACACACACACACACACACAAACACACACACACACACACACACACACACACACCCACAGUCUUGUACAACUAACCUUGUGGGGACACAAAAUUCAGACCCAUUCAAAAUCCUAUUUUCCCUAACUCCUAAACCCUAACCCUAACCUUAACCCUAAACCCGCUAGAAAUAGCAUUUGUUUGUUUACUAUUCUGUAUCUACACCAUCUCUCUUUAAACACAUCCACACAUCCACACACACACAUACACACAUACACACAUACACACACACACACACACACACACACACACACACACACACACACACACACACACACACACACACACACACGUGGAUGGUGUUCUAAGAGAGAUGGUGUAGAUACAGAAAGAUAGCAGGUGGGUAAAGGGGGCUAAUAACCCAGUUUAAACCUUACAGAAAGAUAACAGGUGGGCAAAGGGCUAAUGACCCAGUUUAAACCUUACAGAAAGAUAACAGGUGGGCAAAGGGCUAAUGACCCAGUUUAAACCUUACAGAAAAAUAACAGGUGGGCAAAGGGCUAAUGACCCAGUUUAAACCUUACAGAAAAAUAACAGGUGGGCAAAGGGCUAAUGACCCAGUUUAAACAUUAUGGGUGUACCAGAACACUGCUCAAUACUCCAAGUUAAUGGUUAACCACAAAGUGUAUUUAAAGGAGAGUAUAUUGUAUACUGAACUAGCUCUAAGCAUAUUUUCCCAAUGAGAGCUUUUCUAGUUCCACUGGUGUACCUGCUCUGUCAUUUGGGAGAAGCAAAGUACACUCCAAGUGAAGAUGGAUCCUCUGACUCCCUUCAAUGUGGCAUUGGGUCUGACCUGAGAGAUCUGAGAGACAUGGUGGUGCUGCAGAGGGCAGAGCUGAGUCAUACCAUGGCUGAACUACAAGACACUAAGACUAAGGUGGAGGGGCUGAAAACAGAGAACUCAGGUGAUAGCAGAAUACUAAGCCCACUAUCAGUUGACUGAGUAAUGUUAUAAUCUGGUAAAUUUCUAUUGUUGACAGGAAAAUUAUUUCAUUUUGUUUUAGUCAUGGAGUCCAGGCUGAUGAGUUCUGAACGACAACUUGAGGCAAUGAAGACAGAGAAUGCAGGUAAAAUGGACAGUUAAAUAUCAGUUUGUUUAGUUCGUUUGGUCAUAACAAUAACUAUUGUUAAUGUAGCCAUAGAAACCAUGCAGAAUACACUGUAGGUACCUAGUUAUCUUGUCAUUAUGAUUGGUAAUGAUCAAGACGCUAAUUUCGUGUUAUCCAGGUUUUUUCCAGUAAAUCUUUGUGUCAUUUUUGUAACUCCAGCCAUGGUGAGCAGAGUAACAUCCACUGAGAGUGAGAUUGAGAAACUGCAGAGGGAGAAUGCAGGUAAAACAUAAAUGGAAUUAUGGUACUUUUAAAUGACAUAAUAAUUCCUUCCCCUUCCAUUUCUGAGUGUGAAAAAGUUUAAAUGUCAAUCAUCAUCAUCAUCAUCAUCAAAUCAUUCACUUUAUUCUCCUGCAUUCACAGAGAGACCCAAGGUGGCAUUUUCAACCUCUUUAGGAAAAACUGGACACCAUGGGCCAUUCAACACUGCCACCACAGUAAUCUACAAGAACAUCUUCACAAACACUGGUGACCACUACAACAACGCUACAGGUACUGUACUGACUUCAUCAGCAUCAGUCAACGUUUAGUGUAGACUAUAGCAGCAUCAGUCAACGUUUAGUGUAGACUAUAGCAGCAUCAGUCAAUGUUUAGUGUAGACUAUAGCAAUAUCAGUCAACGUUUAGUGUAGACUAUAGCAGCAUCAGUCAACGUUUAGUGUAGACUAUAGCAGCAUCAGUCAAUGUUUAGUGUAGACUAUAGCAGCAUCAGUCAACGUUUAGUUUAGACCAUAGCAGCAUCAGUCAAUGUUUAGUGUAGACUAUAGCAGCAUCAGUCAAUGUUUAGUGUAGACUAUAGCAGCAUCAGUCAACGUUUAGUGUAGACUAUAGCAGCAUCAGUCAAUGUUUAGUGUAGACUAUAGCAGCAUCAGUCAACGUUUAGUGUAGACUAUAGCAGCAUCAGUCAACGUUUAGUGUAGACUAUAGCAGCAUCAGUCAACGUUUAGUGUAGACUAUAGCCUACCUAGUCAAAUACAUGUGCAUCUGAAGUUUAAAAACAACAAUCAGCACAACUAGUAAAGCCUGCUUGAUGUUGGUGGCAGGUUGCAUUUGAUGCCCCAUGAUUUUGUUUAGGACAAUCAAGAUAAUACAUUUUUUUGUCAAUGUGCUACAGGUACAGUCAUGUAGUGUGCAGCACAAGUCUUGAUGAUCUCUAUGCUUUCCUCACAUCCAGGUAGCUUCACAGCACCUGUGAGAGGGGUCUACCACUUCAGCUUCACUAUGGGUGAUUUUCUCCAGUCAACUGUUAUGGGCCUAUCACUGUUCAAGAAUGAACAGCAAAUAAUUCAUUCAGGGGAAUGGGGUGACCAUAUGCAGUUUAGGUAUGCAUCCAAUGCAGUCAUACUACAGCUGGAGGUGGGAGAUGUAGUUUUUAUGCAACUCCCUGCAAACUACAGGAUUUAUGAUGAUUCAAAUCACCGUAACACUUUUACUGGCAUUCUACUCUUCCCAAUUUGAGAUUUUUUUUAAUGUGUUGUGAUGAUGAACAUCAAUGAAGGGCUUUUGACCAAA